AUGAUGGUUUGGCUGUUGCAGGAAAGCGACGGGGAAAAGAGUGACCAAGAUCUCGUGGUGGACGUUGCGAAUGAGGACGCGGGCAGCCCGCAGCCGAACGGCGAGCACCCGGCGGAGGUGCGCGAGAACGGCGACAAGGGCGGCGGCGUGGGCAGCGUCAAGUCGGAGCGGCCGGCCAGUCGCAGCGGCUCCAGCUCCAGCCGCUCCACGCCCUCCCUCAAAAGUAAAGAUGCUGACAAGCCCUCUACCCCUGUCUCCAAGGCCACCACCCCGACUGGCUCCGCAGGCCUCCCGGGCUCCAGUGGCCUCAAGGCAGUUUCCAUGCCGGGAGUGCUGCCUGGGGGCCCGUACCCGCCGUUCUCCCUUGGGGCCAUUGGGGGCUCCCGCAGCACUGAUAACAGCCCUUACAACAGCGUCACCUCCUCGCCCUACUCCCGGCCCCCCAUGCUGGGUUACGAUUCUCACCCUCAUGUACGCACUCCAGGCCUUGGUUCCAGUAGCAUUGGUGGUAUUCCAGGAGGAAAACCGGCUUAUUCGUUCCACAUGAAUGGGGAAGGGCAAUUGCAGCCUGUACCCUUCCCCACUGAUGCAUUAAUAGGACCGGGAAUUCCCAGACAUGCCCGUCAGAUAAACACUCUGUGCCACGGUGAAGUAGUUUGUGCUGUAACUAUCAGCAAUCCCACCAAAUAUGUGUAUACUGGUGGCAAAGGUUGUGUCAAAGUCUGGGAUAUAAGUCAGCCUGCUUCCAAGAGUCCUGUUUCUCAGCUUGACUGCCUGCAACGUGACAACUACAUUAGGUCUCUAAAACUUCUUCCUGAUGGAAGGACACUCAUUGUUGGUGGAGAAGCAAGUAACCUUAGCAUCUGGGAUUUAGCAUCACCCACACCUCGCAUUAAAGCAGAACUUACAUCAAAUGCACCUGCUUGCUAUGCCUUAGCAAUCAGUCCAGAUUCAAAGGUGUGCUUCAGUUGCUGUUCUGAUGGAAAUAUUGCUGUUUGGGACCUGCAUAAUCAGACAUUGGUCCGUCAAUUCCAAGGCCACACAGAUGGAGCAUCGUGCAUUGACAUCUCAGCUGAUGGAUCUAAACUGUGGACAGGUGGACUUGAUAAUACUGUACGGUCAUGGGAUCUGAGAGAAGGCAGGCAACUUCAGCAACAUGAUUUCACCUCGCAAAUAUUCUCACUGGGUUAUUGUCCAACAGGCGAAUGGCUUGCAGUUGGAAUGGAAAAUUCGAAUGUUGAGGUGUUGCAUGCAGUCAAGCCAGAUAAGUAUCAGCUGCACCUGCAUGAAUCUUGUGUUCUUUCUCUUCGUUUUGCUGCUUGUGGAAAGUGGUUUGUUUCAACGGGCAAAGAUAAUUUGCUCAAUGCUUGGAGAACACCUUAUGGUGCAUCGAUAUUUCAGUCCAAAGAAUCCUCAUCUGUGCUGAGCUGUGAUAUCUCUGCAGAUGACAAGUACAUCGUAACAGGUUCUGGAGACAAGAAAGCAACAGUGUAUGAAGUUAUAUACUAACAAGUUGUGGACAUUGAGUGAUUCAAGAUUCAGGAAGAGAAGUUUUAUGCUAGUUUCAUGGUUGCAAUGUUUCUCCUACACUGAGUUGGACAGUUAUUUUUCAAUUAUUUUAAUAAGAGACUAUUUUUGUCAUAAGGCCUCGGUACUCUCAUUUCCUUUGAAACAGGAUAUCAAGUACCAUUUCUAUUUAAGUAUUCAGAACCUAUUGGUGUUCUUCAGUAUUGGUUUAUUUUCUACUUGAAGUAACUUUUAUAUAAGAAGUAUUGAACAGUAAUGUUGGUGAAAGUUGUAAGAUAACAUGGAUGAACAAGACUGGGAAAGACAAGGAAGAACUGUGAUUUUACCAUUAAUUUGUGUGUGGUGAGUGACUUCAGUAUCACAAACAUACAAACACCUUUUUCUUAACGCAGUGAUAAUCUACAUAAAUAAUUCAGUGUUCCCAAAAAUCUUCAGAAGUUCAGACAGUUGGAAGAAAGAAAAUAAACAAUACUUUAAACAGCUCUUAUAUCUUCUUUAGAUAGCCUAUUUUUCUUACAGCAACAUUGAGAGUACGGCUAAGUGUGAACCAUGGAGCCACCCCCCUCCCCUCUUGCAGAGAUUGCUCAACACAUUAUAGCAAUGAUUUCAUCAAGCUAACAAAGCACUACAAUAUGGAACGUUUGAAAGGGUAAAAGAAAUACAAAGUUCUUAUUUAUUUUUUUUAAGUUGUGUAAAAACUGUUGAGUAAUUAAUGUACUUUAAUUUGUAAAUAGUAUAAAUACACUGUACAAAUAUUUAACAAUUGAUGUUAAUUUGUAAAUAACAAGGCUACACUUAAUUUCGUGUUUUGUUAUGAAUUAACCGUGAGUAUUCAGAAAUUUGUAUUCUUCAUGUUGUUCACAACCAAUGUUUUCAGAUUGCAUGAACUAUAUAGUUUUGAAUGUGAAUGGGAAGAGCCACAAUACAGUGUGUUGCAGAUGGAAUGAAACUAAGGAAGAAUGCCACAUAUUACAAUCAAGGAAAUAAUAUGAUGUUUAUAAUCUCUUCAUUGUUUCCAAUUCCAUUUGAGUAUUAUAAGUUAAGAGAUUUCUUGUUGAUGGACAAAAAACUAUGAAUGUUCAUGUAGAAAGAUAUUGUGGCAUGUGUAAGAAGUAAAGAAUUUCAUUUCAUUCCUCUUGCAACACUUUUUGGCAGUUUCAUUUACAGAAACGUUACUAGAAUUUCUAAGAAGAAAAAAAACUUUAUCAGGUAUUUUGUCUCAUUUUCUUUAAUAAGUAGAAAGCACAAAUUUUGUAUUCAAUUAUUCAAGGAUUUAUUUUUCAAGUAUGAGAAACAGACCUAAGUAGAAAAUAAAUAUUACUAAAAUGCCUAUUUUGUAAACAAACAAUGUAUUAUUUAUUAAAGAAAAAAUCUUAUGUGAAAUAAUUAUACUCAGGUACGUUCAUAUCAAUGUUUUCAGUGCUGUUUUUUAUAUCUGUAUCUAUCAUAAUAAUGAUAUUGACUACUCUUCAUUAAAUUAUGAUUGUUUUACAUAUUAGAUAAAGUAUGAUUUGAAUCUUUUAUUUUUUCUAUGAAGCUGAUUAACUACUACCUUUUAAUUAACAGUUACUUAAAUCACCGAAUGAACUCAGGGUUUCACAUGACUGGCUCUUUCCAGUAUUAGUUAACUUUAGUUUUAAAUGAUACAGUAUUUGCUACUUUAUAUUGUAUUUAUUACUAUAUGUAAGGCCAAAAAUUGUGUUAACAAAUCAAACCCUAUUCAAGAAUGUACAGACAAAAAAUUUUAUUUUUUACAUGGUAUGAAAGAUCUUUUACUUGUUGGUAGAAUGCAAGAAUGGUUUAUUAUUCAAUACUUGGCCUUACACUACAAUUUUGUUUGGUGCAUAGGAGAAAUAAUAUGAAUUGGUUUUGUGAAGUAUCCAAUAAACAAAAUUGCCUCAUUUUAA